GGGGUUUAAUCCGGUUAGCUCUUGAAGACUCCUGUUAAUCUGACUGCAGCAAAGGAGUGUGUAGGACUGAAUGUGUGUUUGCUUGUGUUGUCCAUCAUGCCUGUCUUCUACACACCGAUCCCUCAGAACCUGAGAGUGGGUCUGGCCAAUGUCAGCGGCUCUGUCUUCAUCAACAACAGGACCAGAGACAGCGCAGACUUUAAAGACCACUACCUGGAGAAUGAAGCGUGUGCGGAGGUGUCGUCUCAUCUCCCGCUACAGAUGAUGCUCUACUUCAACAUGUUUUUCUUCCCCUUCUGGUGGAUCUCUGAGCUUCUGAUGCUGCAGUUAAAGUUCAGUUAUCUGCCGGUGUAUUACCAGUGUCUUCUGGUCACAGGGAUGGUGCUGAUCAGUAUAUUCGAGGUGUUGCGGAUGUACCUCGGAUAUGCUGGGAAUCUCAAAGAGAAGGUUCCAGAAUUAGCCGGAUUUUGGCUGAUCUCCUUCCUCUUCCAGCUGCCCAUCCUGCUGUUCUUCAUCACCGAUCCGGACAUCAUUAUCCUUCCUCUGGAGCGGGCCGUUCACUCGCUCUAUCUGGCUUUCCUCCUGGGUGAGCUGAUGGCCUCGUUCCUCGCCUUGCGUGUCAUGACUCGAAAACUGGCCCAGCAGUUUCACAUGAGGCAGUUCGGCCACGUCCAGGGUCUCCACACAGCAGAAGCUCUGCCCAUGUUCGGACUGCCAUAUGGGGGCAGAAGUGUACUGCCUGUGCAGGACAUCCAGCCUCACUGACAGACAGAUCAGACACCAACUGUAUAUCACUUCUGCUGCUUAAAGACAGCAUGAAACUUAAGCUGCAACGGUCUUUCAUCCCUGUUGUGAACAGUAACUCAGCUACUAGACCAAUUCUCAAACAAGAGAAUAAAAAAAGAACUUGGGACAGAUCUUUAGUCUAUAAGUAGCCUAAAUGGAUGGUUAUGGGACUGAACAGAAGAUUUGCUAUUAGCGGAUCAUGUGAUUGACAGGUUUAUUCCACCCACGUGAGUGUGAACAUAUCAUGAAUGUCACUGCUAGAGAAAAAGGAAAAAUGACACAGGGGUGCCCACACUUUUUCUUAUGAAGGGCAAUAAUCCAAGCUUGACUGAGAGCUGUGGGUCAAAAGUGAAUAUAGCAAACUGUAUUAUAUUAAAGUUUCCAUGGGUAAUUCCCUAAUUUAUUUCAGAAUUUUUAUAAAUAAAUAGAA